GGAUCUAGUCGAACGAAACUAUAUCUUGUGAUUUGUCGAGAACAAUUGGGUCAGCCGAUUGCAGUAAAUUGUGCCCUUCACUCGACUAUAUAAGCAUCCCUUGGACACAUCAAAAGCAUCAGUUAUUCUGCAAACUAACCAAAUUCAACAUGAAGCUGUUUGUUAUCGCCGCCGUGUUGGCCAUCGCUGCCGCCGCUCCAUCCAGUUACAAGCCGUACGAAAAAUCGUACGAGAAGGACUACAAAUACCCCGAGAUCACAGUUACUGGUCAAUCCGACGAGCGUAACGUUGAUGGCAGCGGAAAGUGGAACUACGCCCAGUCUGACUACACCACCCGUGAGGAAGCCCAGGAGCAAAAGAAAUUCACUGUCACUACCGUCGAUGAUUAUGGCAAAGAAUACACCGCGGAAGUCUUUGGCAACACCAACAAGGGAUCUUCCUACUGGAUUUCCCCUGAGGGCCAGAAGUUCACUUUGACCUGGGUUGCUGAUGAGGCCGGUUUCCAACCCAAGGGUGACCACUUGCCGGUUGCCCCCGUCCACGUCUACGAGCUCCCAGUCGCUCCCGUCCACGAAUACGUUCUCCCCGUCGCCCCCGUCCACGAAUACGUUCUCCCAGUUGCCCCAGUCCACAUUCCCUUCAACGGAAAGGGCUUCAAAAUCUAUUAAAGUAUGAUUCUUGGUUGACGGCUUAAAUUAUUUCAAUGUAUCUCCAGCUAUAUUUAUGGAACACAAAGUUUUAACAUUGUAAAAACAUCUUAAUUCAGACGUGUGAUGUUUUAUGUUAUGGAUUGAAUAUGUUGGUGUAAAUAAAGAAUGUAUUAUCUACCAUCA